AUGGUAUGUGACGGCUUGGUUGAAGCAGUUCAAAAGCUCCCAUUGUUAGAAGAGCUGAGCCUGACACACACUACUAUCACAACAGAAGGCAUUGAAGCUCUUGGGCACUCUUGCCCAUGGUUGAAGUCGUUUGAAUUGAAUAACUCCUUGGAUAUGGGAUCAGGUGAUUACUUUGAAAAUGAAGAUGUGAGAAAUGAAGAGGCUCUAGCUAUUGCUAAAAACCUGCCAACCUUGCACCACCUUCAACUCAUUGGAAACAGUAUUACAAAUAAAGGCCUCAAGGCUAUUCUUGAUAGUUGUCCUCAUCUUGUAUCACUUGAUCUGCGGCUGUGCAAAUAUGUUAGCCUCAACGAAGUCUUGAGUAGUAGAAUAUCUGGACAAAUUAAAAAUGUGAAGCUCCCUCAUGAUUCUCUGGCAGGUCUUGACUUUUCAUUUAACGCUUGCGGGGAAGAAGAUGAUGACCUGUCAUUUGAGGAUUAUGAACGGGACAUGUCAUCUGAGGAUGAUGAAUGGGACAUGUCAUCUGAGGAUAAUGAAGAUGACAUGUCUGAUGAUUACUGA